AUGGAUCAACUGUCCACGCCGCGUCUGCCGCUCGAGAUGUGCGACCACAUACUCGACUACCUAUGGGACGACCACAAGACUCUCAGGAGCUGCAGCCACGUCACAAGGGAGUGGCUUCCCACGACCCGAAUGCAUCUCUUCCAUCACGUCCGCAUC